CCACCGCUACAGUCGCAGCCGCCGCAGCCCCGGCCGCUGGGCAAGUCACUCCGAGCGGCUGCUUUCCGGGUGCCCCGACACGGACAGGGGGCGCCGCGCUCAGCUCGUUUUGCGCCAGAGCCAUGCCCGGCAGCCGCGUGUAACCGCCGAGCUUCGACCGCUGCGAGCCCACCUCGUGCACCGUCCCUCGCCCGAGCCGAGCUUUCUGUGCACGCAACUCUCUCGGCCCCCGCCGCCCCGCACCACCAUGCCCCGGGCGACUGCCUUUGGGGCCCCGGUGUCACUGCUGCUGCCGCUCCUGCUGCUGCUGCUGUUGCCGCUGCCCCGCGGCACUGGGGGGCUGGAGGAGCGCUUGGACGUCGCCUCGGACUAUUCGGCUCUGGAAGGCGAGGAGGGUGCGGAGCAGCAGCUGGAGCAUUACCACGACCCGUGCAAAGCCGCUGUCUUCUGGGGAGACAUUGCUUUGGAUGAAGAUGAUCUGAAGUUAUUUCACAUCGACAAGGCCCAAGACUGGACCAAGCCAUCAGUGGAGGAGUCGGGUCAUAGCACGGGUGGCCUUGAAGAGCAGCCAUCUGAGAGCUGGCCAAAUGCUACCGCCUUGAAUACCAGCAGCCAGGAAGCUAGAAAGGAUGGCAAGGAGGACAUCAUGCUUCUGCACAGCACUGGGACCUUGGAUGCCACAGCCAAGACCUUCUCUGCCCGGGUCCGAAGAGCCACAACUUCAAGAACAGAGAGGAUAUGGCCUGGAGGCGUCAUCCCCUAUGUCAUCGGAGGGAACUUCACUGGCAGCCAGAGGGCCAUUUUUAAGCAGGCCAUGAGACACUGGGAAAAGCACACCUGUGUGACCUUCAUAGAGAGGACGGACGAGGAAAGCUUUAUUGUUUUCAGUUACAGGAACUGUGGCUGUUGCUCCUAUGUUGGGCGUCGAGGAGGGGGACCCCAGGCCAUAUCCAUUGGCAAAAACUGUGACAAGUUUGGCAUCGUGGCUCACGAGCUGGGCCAUGUAGUUGGUUUCUGGCAUGAGCACACCCGGCCAGACAGAGAUCAGCAUGUCACCAUCAUCAGAGAAAACAUCCAGCCAGGUCAGGAGUAUAAUUUCUUAAAAAUGGAAGCUGGGGAAGUGAGCUCUCUGGGAGAGACCUACGACUUUGACAGCAUCAUGCACUACGCCCGGAACACCUUCUCAAGAGGAGUUUUCUUAGACACCAUCCUUCCCCGUCGGGAUGAUAAUGGCGUCAGGCCCACCAUUGGCCAGCGUGUGCGUCUCAGUCAGGGAGACAUAGCUCAAGCCCGGAAGCUGUACAAAUGCCCAGCAUGUGGGGAGACCCUGCAAGACACAACAGGAAACUUUUCUGCACCUGGUUUCCCAAACGGCUACCCUUCUUACUCUCACUGCAUCUGGAGGAUCUCUGUCACUCCAGGGGAAAAGAUCAUCCUGAACUUCACAUCCAUGGAUCUGUUUAAGAGCCGCCUGUGCUGGUAUGAUUACGUGGAAGUCCGGGAUGGUUACUGGAGAAAAGCCCCCCUCUUGGGUAGGUUUUGUGGCGAUAAAGUCCCAGAGCCCGUGGUCUCCACCGACAGCCGGCUCUGGGUAGAGUUCCGCAGCAGCAGCAACAUCCUGGGCAAAGGCUUCUUCGCAGUGUAUGAAGCUACCUGUGGAGGAGACAUUAACAAAGAUGCCGGCCAGAUUCAAUCUCCCAACUACCCAGAUGACUACAGGCCUUCCAAGGAAUGUGUGUGGAGGAUCACGGUUUCUGAGGGGUUCCACGUGGGACUUACCUUCCAAGCUUUCGAGAUCGAAAGGCACGACAGCUGCGCCUACGACUACCUGGAGAUCCGGGAUGGCCCCACGGAAGACAGCGCCCUGAUUGGACACUUCUGUGGCUAUGAGAAGCCCGAGGAUGUGAAAUCAAGCUCCAACAGACUGUGGAUGAAGUUUGUGUCCGAUGGUUCCAUCAACAAGGCGGGGUUUGCGGCCAAUUUUUUCAAGGAGGUGGAUGAAUGCUCCAGGCCUGAGCACGGUGGGUGCGAGCAGCGCUGUGUGAACACACUGGGCAGCUACAAGUGCGCCUGCGACCCCGGCUAUGAGCUGGCCACGGACAAGAAGACAUGUGAAGUGGCCUGUGGCGGUUUCAUUACCAAGCUGAACGGAACCAUCACCAGCCCUGGGUGGCCCAAGGAGUAUCCCACAAAUAAAAACUGUGUCUGGCAGGUGGUGGCCCCUGUUCAGUACCGCAUCUCCCUGCAGUUUGAAGUGUUUGAACUGGAAGGCAAUGACGUCUGCAAGUAUGACUUUGUGGAGGUACGCAGUGGCCUGUCCCCUGACGCCAGGCUGCAUGGCAAGUUCUGUGGCUCAGAGACACCCGAGGUCAUCACCUCGCAGAGCAACAACAUGCGCGUGGAGUUCAAGUCUGACAACACCGUCUCCAAACGCGGCUUCAGGGCCCACUUCUUCUCAGACAAGGACGAGUGCGCCAAGGACAAUGGUGGCUGCCAGCAUGAGUGUGUCAACACGUUUGGGAGCUACUUGUGCAGGUGCAGGAGCGGCUACCGGCUGCAUGAGAACGGACACGACUGUAAAGAGGCUGGCUGUGCGCACAAGAUCAGCAGUGCAGAGGGGACCCUGGCAAGCCCCAACUGGCCUGAUAAAUACCCCAGCCGGAGGGAGUGUACCUGGAACAUCUCUUCAACUGCAGGCCACAGGGUGAAACUCACAUUCAAUGAGUUUGAGAUCGAGCAGCACCAGGAAUGUGCCUAUGACCACCUGGAGAUGUACGAUGGGCCCGACACCCUGGCCCCCAUCCUGGGCCGCUUCUGCGGCAGCAAAAAACCAGACCCCGUGGUGGCUUCCGGAAGCAGCCUAUUUCUCAGGUUUUAUUCGGAUGCCUCGGUGCAGAGGAAAGGCUUCCAGGCAGCAUACAGCACAGAGUGUGGGGGCAGGCUGAAGGCCGAAGUGCAGACCAAAGAGCUGUAUUCCCAUGCCCAGUUUGGGGACAACAACUACCCAAGCCAGGCCCACUGUGACUGGGUGAUCGUGGCAGAGGACGGCUACGGCGUGGAGCUGAUAUUCCGGACCUUUGAGGUGGAGGAGGAGGCCGACUGUGGCUAUGACUACAUGGAGGCCUACGACGGCUACGACAGCUCAGCACCCAGGCUCGGCCGCUUCUGUGGCUCAGGGCCACUGGAAGAGAUCUACUCUGCAGGGGAUUCCUUGAUGAUUCGCUUCCACACGGAUGACACCAUCAACAAGAAAGGCUUUCAUGCUCGAUAUACCAGCACCAAGUUCCAGGAUGCCCUGCACAUGAAGAAAUAAUGCCCACGUCCUCGAAAGAUAGGAACUGAGAAUGUUCUUACAACAGCAGCACCUGGCAAAUCAGCCCUAAAACAGUGUACAGUAUUUUUUUCAAGCAAAAACUCAAAAUCCAGUCUUGAAGGUCUAUAUUUGGAUGAAGCCCCACAUGCAUGUUUGGCCCAGGAGGAGAGAUGUCCCUCUGGUUCCAGUGACAGUGUUGUCAGUGGUGGGCCUCUGGAGAUGAAGGCCUGAAGUCCACUCAAGCUGUGCUUCUUCCUGCUCGCUCUCCUUCCCUUGCUCCUGGGGGGGGGGCAAGAGGCCAGCCAUGGGGUUGGUCAGCCCUCUUCCUCCUGCUUCCAUAGGUGCCAGGAAAUGUGACCAAAUCCUGGAGACGUAGGUUACGCUGAGCAGUGAGAAUAAAAGCUUGGCUGACUUGUUACAGCUUUGGCUGGAAACUUUCUCCUUCUCUCCAACAGAGACAUGUCGACCAGGAAACCUGAAAAGGUAGACAUCCAGGGAAAAGAGACAUCACCACAAGUAGCACACACAAGAGCUCUGAGCACCAGCAUUAUCAUCGCUAAGGUGGAAGACCUCAGGCAUGGCCCUCCCUGCCCCCUCUAGGCUUCUCCAUCCCUCAUUGCACUAAGGGGCCAUAGCAUCCACUAAACUCCAGCAGAACAUUUGCCAGGGAGAAUUCUUAGUUUGCCAAGAAUAAAACAUCCUGGCUCAUUCUGAUAGUCCCUCAAUCCCUGACUUGAGGAUCCCCAUCUGUGCUUGGGGGGAGGUCCUUGGGCCUGGAAGACCCUGCAGCUAUGGAAACAUGCGCUGCUGUGAACCUUGACUCCCUGACAGCAGGUUCAAACCGCACCUGCAAGACGUGCAAAGACAUCUCAGGAGGGGCCCGUUCAGGUCCCUCUCGGGUGAACACUGUGGAAAACUGGUUCAUUCUGUUAUGUAAGAAUCAUCACCUGGUGGAACAAGUCCACUUGUGACCAAUCUCCUGUAAUCAGACAGGUUCAAGAGUAUGCUGAUGACUUUUCUCAGAUGAACUAGCAUCCGAUCAAUGGAACGCUAGCAUCCGGUCGACUUGCAAUCAGGAUUCACAACACGCGGCACUUGUUCUAGGGACGUGUGGGGGAUGAUGUUUACAUGAUUUUAGCACCUCAAGGUAUAAUUUAAACAGUGAUGUAGUUUUGAAUGGCAUUUCAUUAAGGCAUCUAUGGGCAUUAUGAGCUAAAAGCUGUGGUAUGUUAGCUUUAAAAGAGUAUUUAUGUUGGAAUGAUUUUAAAAUAAUGUUUACAUUGACAGUAAGUCCUGUUUGGCUGGUGUUGAAAACAGGGCGGCCCCUGAGAGUACUUCCACUCAGAGCCAAGAGGCUCCCCAGCCCUGGAAUUCCUUUGGGAUCAAUCAUUGUUUUUGAACACAGUAUUUGUAAAACACUAGAGGUUCUAUUUUUAAAAGAUCAGGAUAUGCCGCCAGAAGAUGAUGUUCCAUUAAAUGAUGGCUGGGAGUAAAAACUCGAAUAAUACAAAGAAGAGUAAAAGAAGUGCAGGGGAAUACUUUUUUUUCCCCUUAAAACAGAAAGAAAUCAAAUUAUUAUUAUUAAUAAUAAUAUAUGUCUGUAUAUAUGUAAGUAUAUAAAGGAUCAGCUGUCAAAGCCUUAAUCAAUGCAGUGUGAAGAAUGCCCACCCCCUAGUGGAGCUUUGUUGUACAGGCCCCCGUGCUGUCACCAAGCUCUCCUCUGGCUUUCCUUGGCCCUGGACUGAGUUUCAGCCUCCAUUCUCACAUCUUGGUAGAUGGCAGACCCUGCCCAGGAUGAACUUUGAGGUGACCAAUGGAGUCCCUCUUCUCACGGUUCAGACCCCUCCUGCCUGUUCUGGUGGGUUCUGCUGCUCAGAUCUGUGGAUCGUCUGAGGUUGAUUUUGUCCCAUUUUGUCUGUCAACACUGAAACUGAAAUCAGAAUGCAUAAGGAGGACGCUAAGGGUCUCUCUCCAAGGAGAUGAGAAUUCUGCAUUUUUAACCUUGAGAAGUUUUAAGUAAGAUGAUGGGAUUCCACGGAGAAGUGGGAGGGAGGGAGAAACAGAGCUGGUUUCAGCAUUGGGCACCCUGGUGACACACUGAUGAUUCAUUGCUUUAGUGUGAAUGUUUCCAAAAGUACACGACUCCAACCACUGUCACCGUGUGGCCAAUUCACAACAAUGGGGCCCUUAUGAAAACCUUUAUUUAGGCCUGUGAGUGACGUAGACCCAGAAGACAAGCUCUGAUUCAGCUGGGGCUGGACAGGCCCCUCCUCUGGAAGCCUGCACCCUUGGUGAUCUACGCAGGACACAGUCCUGCAAAGAGCAGAAAGACCCAGGCCCCUGCACGGGCUCUUCCAGUUGCUCAGCAACCUGCCUGCCGAUGUCUCUGGAAGUGGAGGAAGGAGCCAGAGGAUGACCCUUCAUCUUGCUUUGUCCUUUAACUGGGUGCCAUGCCUUGGGUGACACAGAGCUUCAAGACUAGAGAAUUAACUUCAAACAAAGGACCUGAUGGAGUUUGGGGUCUGGGUCUCCAGCCUGGUCUAAUUUUAGUGUAAUCAGAGCUCACAGAAGCCAGGGCCUGCAGCCUAGAGCAGGAGAAGGGUCUCAGUUUAACAUCAAACAGAGGGGGCAAGGCUGUGUACUGAUUCACUAUUUUCUCUAUUUUCCUCUAAAGUUUCCAUUUCUGUUUUACUACUUCCCUCAAAAGUGUCAUAGAAUCCACAAAUGGCUCAGCCUGUUUAAAUUAUUUGUUAAAUAUGGGCUAACUGGCAGAUUCACAUAGGAAUUUACCAUCCACCUGAUCCGUUCGAUAAUUCCUGGUAUUGUUAGUACUCAGUUUGGGAACAAACGUUCCUUCGGCUUCAGCAGAUGUUUUCAAGGUUUUUCUUUAUAGACCGAACUUCUGAAAAAUAAUCCCAGAUGCCUCAAAGGUUUCUUUAAAAAAAAAUUAAAGCAUUAUCUAUAAAUGUAUGGGUAUUUUUUAUUUUGAGUAACUUUACAUUUCAGGAAAUGAUGUCAAAGAGAAUGUGUGUGUGGAGGGGGGAGCUAACAUACAUCUGUUUAGAAAGGAUGCCUCAUUAAACGAUGUGGAUUUA